AUGUCCCCUCUGCAGCUUGGUCACCUGUGCCUCCUCGCCCGCCCACCACAUGGCAUCCCCGGGAUCACUGUGCUGCUGCUGUCCCUGCUGCCAUUCUGGGCAGGGGCCCACUGCCCUUGUCAGGACCCAGCGUUGUGCCAACCCAUCACCCAGCACCCUGAUUUCGAGGUGUUUGUUUUUGAUGUUGGAAAUAAAACUUGGAAAUUUUAUGAUUGGUCCCAGAUUACAACUGUGGUGAUUUUUGGAAAAUAUGACCCAGAACUUAUGUGUUAUGCUCAUUCACAUGGAGCCAGAGUAGUGCUAAAAGGAGAUGCACCCUUAAAGGAUCUCAUCAAUCCUAGUUUCAGAGCAUCCUGGAUAGCUCAAAAAGUUAAGUUGGCCAAAACACAAUACAUGGAUGGAAUUAAUAUAGACAUAGAGCAAGAAGCUAAUUGUUUAUCACCUGAAUAUUACGCAUUAACCACUUUAGUCAAAGAAACCACAGACUUUUUCCAUCGUGAAAUUAAGGGAUCACAGCUAGGACUUCUAAUACUGUAUCGAAUUAAAGUGGUAAGUGUGGACAUCCUUAUUUCUGAACUUAGAGGAAAAGCUCUGUUUUUCAUCAUUGAGAAUGAUCUUAAUUGCUAUGAUGACUACAUCAAGAUAGGCAUUAACCCUAAGAAGCUUGUAAUGGGUGUUCCCUGGUAUGGUUAUGAUUAUACCUGUCUAAAUCUACUGGAGGAUCGUGUUUGUACCAUUCCAAAAGUCCCUUCCUGGAGGGAUUCUUGUGGUAUUACUUCAGGACAUCAGGUGCCCUAUAAAGUAAUUAUGAAGCAAGUAAAUAGUUCUGUUUCUGGAAGCCACUGGGAUAAAGAUCAGCAGGCUUCUUACUAUAAUUACAAAGAUUCUUCUGGCCAUUUUCAUCAAGUGUGGUAUGAUGACCCUCAGAGCAUUUCUUUAAAGGCGGCAUACAUACAAAAGCAUGGCUUACGAGGCAUUGGCAUGUGGCACGCAAAUUGUCUUGACUAUUCUGGAGAUGCUGUAGCCAAACAGCAAACUGAAGAAAUGUGGAAAGUCUUAAAACCAAAGCUGUGA